CAAUAUUUUUUGGUUUAGUUAAGCUUGGAUAAUAUUGGCUAAUUACUUAGAAAUAUAUUUUAGAGCUUUAAGAUGCCUGAGAACACCAGAUCCAAAAUAUUGCCAAAUUGGAUGGGCCCAGAGGAAAUUCAUCCAUAGUGUCUUUGAUGCAACGAUUUCCGAAGAUAAUUCCAAUACUCCUACAUGCCGUGUAGUUUCUGCAGAUGGGUCACCCUUCAUACCCCGGCUCCUGGUUGUCACAUUUUCAAGACCCAGGUUAUGUUCAGUCGGCACAGAACAGAAAACACUGAGGAUGGUACUAUUUGAUCUCAUCCACAAAGAUUUCUCCUUUUUGCUUUAAUUUUGGAUAAUUUUACAUAUUUUGCGUUUGGUAUUUUACCUGGGUUCAUUCCUCCAUCCCACAGAUGAUAAUAACAUUUACCUUUUGUAUUUAGGAGACUUCUGUAAUAAAUUCUCACUGUUCUGGUGGGAUUAAUUUCCCACUUCAACUGUAGUUGUAGUUCUUCCAAAGCCUUGUUCAUCUGGACUCCCAUGUCGAUCGUUCCUUUGCUCACCAAGCACUUUAUUCAAGAUUACAUCCUCUAAUAAUCUGGACGCUUGUGUGCUUUAUAUGAAAUGUUUAGUUUCAUUGUGGUUGUUUGGCAUUGGCCUAGCAUACUGCAUGCACCAAAUCUCUGCUGUCAUAUCCACAUAAGGUCGUUGGAAUUAUCACAGCAUUUAUUCUCAUGACUAGCUAUAAAGAUAAUUGAAAUUGACAAUAUUCUAAAAUGUAUUGUCAACCGAUUUCUCUUCAUUUCUAUAAAAUUGCGGUUGCUAUCUGUACAGCGGAGAUGCUGCUCUCGCGAGAGUUGCACAGACGAGGGAUUUCGAUAGGAAGGGUUGCGCUGGUGGACCAUGCAUUUACAAGAGGAAGUUGCCAACUUGCCAUCAAUAAGCUUUGUCCCCAAGAUAAAAUCUUUGAAAGAGCCUAUAAGAGGAGGAACAUUAAUCUGGAAUGUUCUACCCGUUCAUAUGUUCUGCUCCUGGAUGUGGUCAGCGAUUUACAAAUGAAGACCAUUUGGCUGUGCACGAACACAAACAUGAGAUGACACUAAAGUUUGGUCCAGCAAGAGGCAACAGUGUCACGGUAGCCGACCCAAAGCCAACACCUACACGCUUUUUGAAGUACUGUGAGGAAGUUGGACUCUUCAACGAGCUUACCAGUCCUAUGGAGCAUGACUUCAAAAUAGCUGCUGUGGAUGACAUCAAAAAGAUGCCCUUGGAUUUGUCGCCUCUUGCCACACCUAUGAUCAUACAUAACAAAAUUGAGGACCACUCAGCUGUGGCGGCACAUUGGGACAGCCCUCUCUGCCCCAUCCAGAAUCUACAACAAGGGAUGACAAGUCCAGUCUCUGGAACUUUCCCCAUACUCUUUCUGCUGCCUAAUGGACAGACCAUGCCCGUCGCUAUCCCAGCAACCAUUGCAUCCCGUGUACACAUUCCAACCGCCAUUCCUCUUCUGACUUCACUGCCACCAGUUCCGCAACCCUUACAGAAUUCCUCACCUGCCAUAUGGAGUCAGCAGGAGCAGGUGCCCCUGGUAUAGGGGUCGAGGAGCGAGUCCUGGAGCAAGAGGCGAUGAUCCACCGUCUCGGCGCCACCAUGGACCGCGUUGUCCAAACCAUGGACCGCUGGGAGAGGCAGGGAGUUCCUCCAGCGCCUCCCCCAGCACAACAGAAGCCUCCACUACUCACUCCCCCUGCACCCGGUUCCAGUGGGAUUCACCUCACACUCCCCGGGGAGUAUGAUGGGGAGUAUGGUGGCUCCUUCGGGCCGUGAGAGGGGGUCCGCCCUCAUCUCCUGUCUCUCGGGGAAAGCCCUGGAGUGGGCCAAUGCCGUGUGGGUGGAUGGAGCUGGACAACUUUGAAGAGUUCACCCGUCGUUUCCAGGCAUUCUUCGACCACCCGCCCGAGGGCAGAGUGGAGGGUGAACGUCUUUUCCACCUACGGCAGGGAACGAGGAGUGCACAGGAGUUUGCUUUGGACUUUGGGACCCUGGCCUCCGGAGCGGGACGGAACGACAGGGCCCUGAUCGACCACUAUCGCUGCAGUUUGCACGAGGACGUCCGUCGAGAGUUGGCCUGCAGGGACACCACCCUCACCUUUGACCAGCUGUUGGACCUGUCCAUUCUACC